UGAAAAAGAGAGAUUUGAAGGAUGACUCGCAGGCUGAGAGAGAUAGACAAGCAAGAGGAGGGAGAGAUAUCAAGAGGAGGAAUGGAGACGAGGGGUUUUGUCAGUUUGUGAGGCCUUUCAGCACUGAAGUGUGGACUGUAACUAAUGAGCGACCUACUGACUGAGCCUGGCUUUGACCUUCUGUUAGCUGAGGGGACGACGGUCAUGUAAAAGAAAAAAAAGACAAAGAAAAAGCAAAAAAAGAAAAAAAAAAAAAGACGAGAGAAAUUCUACUACUGUUAAAUAACUGUUGAUCAAAGUGCUUGAUGGCUGUUACACAGGCCGCGCUCCCGUCCUUCAGCUCCUUCUCCAGCAUCGCUCACUCCGCCGACAGUAUGAAAGUCUGGAAGCCUGAGGGCGUCUCUCUGCCUCCGGACUCUCUCAGUAACAAACUGUCACCCAGCAGCACUGAGCAGCUGCAGGCCUCUAAGCAAGUCACAGAGGAGCUCCUGGACGAUGACAGCCGGGCAUCAUGGGACAUCGAGUUCCUGCUCUCUGAUUGGAGCAACCCCUCGCCUGACUUCAACCCCUCCCUGGAAAACACCGAUCAGCAGCUCCCACAGCAUGACCCAAACACAGCGUGUCAUGCUGUGGGAGUGUACCAAGACGGAAGCACCUUUGAGAGCCAGCCGGGUCCAGAGUGUGUGCCGGCGAGCAGCGGCAGCCUCGUCGCCGGGCUUCUGCCCCCUGCUCAGGCCACAACGGUCCAGCCACAGCUGUACCACCGGGGUUAUGACGAGGACCACACGAGGCGGACUUCAGUUGAUGUAGAUCAGUAUGGAUUCCCACAAGGAAGCAGAGGCAACCAAGGUAAGGUCACAUCUUGGGACUACAACUCCUACUACUCCCAGCAGCACCCCCAGAUGACUGUGACCCUCCCAGACAGCAGAUUCAUGCCAACUCAAGCUUUGAACCCUGACCCCCGACACUACGGCUACAUGCCCAACUUCAACAACAACGCCACGUUAUUCUGUGACUACAGUCACAGUCACGGCCAUGCAACUGGUCACCUGCCCCUUCACCAGCAGCCCAUGCUCAUUGGACCCCAGCUGCCCCCUGCUGGGGUGGAAGGGAAGCGUGGGCGAAGGGCCACAGGGAAGAAGAGGCCGGCCAUCCACAGCUGUGAAUACCCAGGCUGCAUCAAGACCUACACCAAGAGCUCACACCUCAAGGCUCACCUUCGCACCCACACAGGGGAAAAGCCUUACCACUGUCCAUGGGAGGGCUGCAGCUGGAAGUUCGCCCGCUCCGACGAGCUGACGCGCCACUAUCGCAAGCACACGGGCCAGAAACCCUACGAGUGUCUGCUGUGUCAGAGAGCCUUCUCCCGCUCUGACCACCUGGCUCUGCACAUGAAGAGACACAACUGAAGACACACACACACACACACACUCAUGUACAUAGAUUAACACAUGAGCCCUUUCAAACUGACAUUAAAACCAGCAUUACUAUUUAACUGAGUAAUCGCUGCACUCAGGGAAUCUUUAAAAAUAUAUGUUGCAGUUUACUUUGUUGUUAUUUUUUUCUUUAAGCAUCUAUAAAAUGAAAUAUUCUUUAGAUAAAAGAAAUGAUUGCACUGCUCUCAUAUUUUACUACUUAUACGACAAAUAGCUUAGUAUCAAAUUGAUACAGCGAGACAAACAUAAGAGACUCGUGUUACCCACAUGUGCUACUUGGUCACUCCAGGUGUUUUGUGCUCGUAGCAGCCAAAGCGAAAUCUUUGGUCUUCAGCUUUAAUCUUUAAAGGAAGUUACGCUUUUCAAGACCCGUAACUACAAACUUCUGGUUUGCUGGGUGAAACUAAUCAAGUAUAUACUGAAUAACCACCAGGGGGAGACUCUGCUUAUAGCAAAUGGAAAUCCAAUUAAAUGUGAAAUAUAAGCCUACUACUCACUUGAUUUAAACGUCAGUUAACAUUUCGCAGUCGUAUCUAAUUGGUGUGACUGUGAUUUAAACCGCUUUCUUCCCCAAGUGUGUCAGGGAACUACGGUGGCCUUUGCGUGCCAGAAAUGUUGUUAUUUAUCUCUGUUUGCGUGCUCAACUUCUGCUUUAAUAAAACCCAAAAUGGAGGCUUGGGCUGGUUUGGCCAUUUUGGCUGCAAAUGUUGGCAGAGCAGGAUGGCCGUGUCCACAAAGCAAGGCCUCACCUAAACUACACAUAAACAUCUUUGGAAGAACCAAAUGUAUUUUAUUUUAAUGCUUGAUUAUAAGUUAAUACAGUAGUACAGUCAAUGUUUGCCAAAGUGUUACUCAGUGGACCUUUAAUGUGGCAGCGUAGGAUCCAGUAUAGAUUGAAAUAAGUUAAAGUAGUUACUUGGACAUCAUCGAGAUAAGACUUUUGGGACCUUCGUUAAACGUCAUGAUGCCUCGAUACUUAAAACGCAACCAUUAAAGCUCAUUCUUUAUGUCUCGCAUUAAAGGUCGGGUUGGAGAUCCUGAACAAACAGUUGAAUUCAAAAAGUCUUUUCUUUCUUCAGACAACAACAAACACAGAUUCACGAGCACUGCGCGGCAUCGCUAACUUUCGAUACUUUUCGGUUACGCUAGCGUUUUUUUUGGAUGCUACUCAAAUGACAACGUGAUGCCCGAAAAACAUCAAAUAAUAAGGUCACAGACAUAAGGUUCGCCUACCUGUCCAGUGGAAACAUCACUUUUUAGUUUUUCGGCAUCAGCCCUUUUUCUUGGCAGUAGCUUUUCCCUAAAAACGUCUUUCGUUUGCGACCGACACCUGUUGUUGGCAGCUUUUCUGUCAUAACGUCGCUGCAACUGUCUUGUUGGAUUUAGCAAGCCAAAAAGCUAGGAUCUCCCACCCCACCUUUAAUAAGUUUCACAUGAAGCGGCCAUUUUGACAUGAUUUAGCAGGAAAAGCACGGGUGUUACUGAUCACAGACCUGAAACUGAGGAAGCUAAAUGGAACUCAGCCACCAUUCACCAUUCUUCUUUACAUACAUGUACCUGUCUAAAAUGGCCGCGUGGCCCCCAAAGUGAACAGCCAAACCUUGUACUCAUAUGUAUUGCAAUAAGGGCACACACUGUACACACUCUGGGCACAAAGACAGCAGACUUAAACACUAACAAAAACAAACAACAACAACUAAAACUAAAAAUGUAUGUAGCAUGUGCAGCAGAACAAAGUCAUGCUCCACCUCUGCAAUGCUGUGACAUCUUUAUCUGCUUUCCCUUCACCGAACCCUCACCCCCAUAAAUGAUUGUAACUUUGAAGUAAAUGAUUGUACAGGAAAGGCAGAGUUAUGUAGUUUUUUUUAAAUCAACACUUUAUGUCUUUGUUUGUUGAAUUAUAAUUUAAGUAAAAUGUAAGUGCGCCUUUUUUUCUUUUCUUUCUUUCUUUCUCAUCAAGCAGACUUCUCAUCUAAAGAAUAAGCAACAUAUUUAUUAUUAUUAUUAAUCUUUUAAAGUGACAUAAGAUAUUUUUAUCCUUGUACAAAUAUUUUUUCUAUUCUCAGCAGAGCUUUUGAUUUAUUUUUAUCGUCAUAAUCUCAAUAAAGACC